AUGAAUUUUACUCGCAUACUGGCUAGAGCACUCAGACUCAAUUUGAGUCACGUCAAAGGUAAAAGGCAUAUCACUUUGGCAUCUCGGUCUAAGAUUCCCUUUACUACUGGACAACCUACACAUGAAACCAGGCCUCAUUAUCUACCCGUACCUGGUCAUAUAACUCCUGGUAUACCAGCAUUAGAUUACUAUGAACGAAGAUUGAAGUUGGCCAAAGAAUUGCCACUGAAGUCCGUGGCUGUUUUAGUAGGAAAUCAGAUCCAAUUUGCACUGGGAUCUGUGUUUUAUGAAUUCCAACAAGACAAUGAUUUAUACUAUAUGACUGGCUGGUUAGAGCCAGAAUCUGUUGCUCUUAUUGAAAAUACCGGUGAAGAGGUUUAUUUGCAUAUGUUGGUUCCAAAUAAAGAUCCUCAUGCUGAACUUUGGGAGGGCCAUCGUACUGGGACUGAAGGAGCCUACGAUUUUUUCAAUGCUGAUUACGUUGAAAAUAUCAAUAAGCUUGAUACCUAUAUUGCAGAUAUCAUUGAACGUAAUGACAACGUAUUUUUUGAUGAAACCAAAUUCAAAAAUGGUAAGCAUCAAAAGUCCAUUUUAAAGAACUUUUUUGGUACAAUUAAUGGGACUGAACCUUCAACUCAUGCUACAAUUCAACAAUUGUUGAAGAAAACCAAUAAGAAUGUUAGAGGACUUACAAAUAUAAUUGCAAAGUUACGUCUGGUUAAAUCAGAUAAUGAGAUCAAUGUCAUGCAUGCAGUCGGUCAAAUCUCCAGUAGAGCUAUUAAUAAGGCCAUAGCACAAGUUGGAUCCGAAACUCCAUUGAUGACUGAAAAAUCGUUAGCCAAAUAUUUGGAAUAUCAAUUCGUUAGAGGUGGCUGUGAUAAGCAAGCAUAUAUUCCAGUGGUUGCCAGUGGACCCAAUUCCCUUACCAUCCAUUACACCAGAAAUGACGAUUUAUUGUAUCGUGAUGAAUUGGUGUUUGUUGAUGCUGGCGGGAAAUUGGGAGGUUAUUGUAGUGAUAUCUCCAGAACAUGGCCGAAUUCACCUCAAGGAUUUAAUGAACCUCAAAGGGAUGUUUAUGACAUCGUUUUGGCUACCAAUAAAGCUUGCAUUGAUCUUUGUAGUGAAGAUCAGAGUGUCAGUUUGAAUGAUAUCCAUGAGAAAAGUGUCACCGAGCUUUGGAAGGGGUUGUCUUCACUUCCAGGGUUUGACAACGUUAGCAAGUCAGAUGUCAGUCGUCAUUUAUACCCUCAUUAUAUUGGACAUCAUUUAGGUUUGGAUUUACAUGAUGUUCCCUCAGUAUCGAGAUUCCAGAAAUUAGUUACUGGGAACGUUAUCACCAUUGAACCAGGUUUAUAUAUCCCCGAAAACGAUAAAUGGCCCAAAUGGUAUCAUGGUAUUGGGGUCAGAGUUGAAGAUGACGUUGUUGUUAGCAAGACCAAAUCAGGAAUCUUGAAUUUAACUAGUGGGUGUGUUAAAGAGGUUGAAGAUAUUGAAGCAUUAAUAAGACAAGGGAAGUGUACCACUCCUGGAAUUGAAAAUGAGCUUGUUUUACUUGAUAUUUGA